AGUUCAUCGAUAGGUGAAAGGUUUGCAAAAACAAGAUCAAAAUGUUUAACGCGAAAACCGUUUUCGUGCUCUGCUUAAUCAUAGCCAGUUUGGUUUCCAAUGGAUUGGCAUAUCCUCAAUGCCAUUGCCCUACGACCUUCGACUAUAACCCUGUUUGUGGUGUUGAUGGUGUGACUUAUACGAAUGUAGGAACGUUGGGUUGCCACAACAGCUGCAGAGGCACACUCGUUGGAAUAGCACACAAAGGUGAGUGCGGAAAAAAAUUGACUACUUUGUCUCAACCCGUUUAUCACCAGCAAUGGUACUGGCCGGCAUUUUAUCCAUCAUAUUCAUAUUAUCAACCAUUCAUUUACCUGUAAAAAUUGUCAAGUCACAUAUGAGUAAUCCCGAUGUACAAUGUAUAAAACUGUUUUACAUUAUUUUGCGUAAUUAACUUUUUUAUGAAUAGUUCAAACGGUCAUUAUUUUUGAACAAUAAUAAUAAAAAAAAUUGUUUAUUACCUCAGUCAAUAAAAUACGGAUAAAUAUUGUC